CAACAGAUCAAAGAGCUCGGCUUCUCGCGUUUAGGUUAUGUUUCAUAUUUUUAAGCUGUGCGCGAUUGUACUUUUAUACAUUGAGGGUCAGGCCUAAAAUCUUUGCGCCAACCCGCGCAACACUCAUCUAACUCCAAGCUGUUACUCUGAUAUACACCUAUCGCCGCCAUGGAGGACAUUCUUCUCAUGCCUCCCGACCGGGGCCCAAUCCUCGGAAAGCCUGUCUGGAAGCCACGCUAUGUCGUCCUUGGCUCAUUAUCGUAUAAAGAAGGCCACCAGCCGAACCUGUCGCUUUCACAGGUCUUGUCCAAUGCCCGUAUGAGAGAUGUAGGCGGACGGGCUUCGAGAUCACAAUUGAAGGGUCUCACUGACGCCACUUACCUCUCGGUUUACAAGUCCAAGGAGGAUAAAGAGCCCAUUUGCCAGCAUUCAAUUACAUCGAUAACAGAUUGCCAAGUGCGGCAGGUUGCCCACCGAAAACAGGGUCACAUUCCUACUUUAACUAUCCAGAUUUCUCCCGACCCGGCAACCGACAAGCUGCGAAAGCGUCGAUCGAGCCGAUCAGGAGGACUAAUUGCGACCAAGGAUUCGGGUCCCUCAACACUUUUGUUUCUCACCACCGAAGGAUCACAGUAUAGCCUGGACGAUUGGGCAAGGAACAUUCAGACUCUCGUGCAGCGACAACAAUCCAUGCCUAUGAGCCCAAUUAGUCCAUCGUCACCAACCUUCAUAAGCCCGUUCUCGCCGGUGCCAGAUAUAGCCGAAAAGUCUUCGCCAGCGUCGAGUGCAAAGGGAAAGCUGAAGUCAAAGCUGCAAACAAAGUCGUCUGGCAGAGCCAUUCCCCUGUCACGCGAACCAAGUUCAGUAUAUGCUCCUGGAUCCCCUAGUCUUCGGUCGCGAACGAGUGAUCUCUCUUCUCAAGCCAGCUCCAUGGUGCCGGCUGCUAUGAAUUUCGUUCAGCAGCAUUAUGCCAAUCUUCAGAACUCGGAACUUCCUUCACCGGCUGCUACGGUAGAUGAAUAUCCAGAGCAGUUGAUUGAAGGGUGGACAAUGGCACAAGGACGCUCUUCGACUCUGAGCUCCCCUAUCAUGGGGCGGGCCAGCAUAAGUUCAUCCCAGGGCCCUAGUCAGCCUAGCUUGGAGUCAAGCCCACCUAUAGUCCCUCGUGAGACUAUCCUAGACCGGGCUUUCCAAAUGCGAUGUAUCCCCGGCUCCGAUAGAGAGGUCGCAGGGGAAGAGAAACUCACUUCUCUUGCAAGAUUUGAGGCACUGAUGCGUGAAACAGAAAAUCGCCAGAAAAUCGUGAGAUCGAAGGAGACAAAGCUUGAGCCUCUAAGGAGCACAUGGGAUGAUGAGAGCGACGAGGAUGACGACGAGUUUGGUCGGGAAGUCGAUGAUGACGAUGAAGAUAGUGACGAUUACGCCUUCGAAGAUGGCGGUCAUGAUGGGAUGGAUGCGACAACAUUCAAGGCACUUCGAUUCAUUACCAACCGUCACAAUUCAACUUAUAGCGAAUCUGGACUGAGGAAUGCACCAUCAGUUUCACGCCCACACACGUCACACUCACGAAGUCGACCUACGGCCCAGCGGACCAGCAGCCAACCGUAUAUUCCCGGUCCUCCUUUCCAUAUUCCAUCAUCCCCACCACUGAGACAGACCGAAAACCUUGCGAUGCGACGAUCCAAUGAGAAACGUCACUCUACCUCUGAGAUGAAGAACCUCAGCUUCAAUGAGUUCACGAAACGAUUGAGCGGCACUAGUAGUCUACUCAUUCAAUCGAACGCCAGUACCGGCAGCAAUCGUGGAAGCGGUGAUUAUGAUACGCAUACUCCACGUGGGUCCAUGAGUCCUCGAGGCCCUAGCCAGACCUCGGACGAGCGCUGCCGAUGGCGAGGCAGCAUUGGUGUAAUUGGAAACGAGGGGGGCUUUUUAUGAUUCGGGAACAACACAACUACUGCUUCACGCGAUCUUGCUUUUACGACUUCUCCGAAGGGCCGUCGACUUGUAUUAACUAUGACUACUUACCA